CUUUGUGAUGACGCAGAAGCGGUAAUGCUGGUCACAUGAUGCGUUAAGUGUCGUCAUACCGACGCACACAUAUGACGUCAGCCUGCUGCCAGUGCUACCUAAAUGACUUUAUUCUGCUGAAACGGAGAUGUGAGCGGUCAGUGUCCGCACUGUGGCUGGCGCUCUGCACAUAAAGUGUCUGCAAUGCCGGAGCUGACUGACCUGAGCCCAUCUCCAGAGGGCUGAAGGAUGAAGAUCUCCUGCAUGGGACUGACCAAGAUUUUUUUCCUGCUGUCUGUGUCAGUCUGUGUUGUUGUCUUCAUACUCCUUCCUUGGGGCCAGUAUGGGUUACCAAGACCUCACCCAGCACCAGCAUGUAACCUAACCCGUGCCAGCAGCUACCGUGAGCCUCACUGGGGAAAAACCCGCAAUCUUGAGCAACGGCACAAUCAAAGUGACCAUUUUCGAGAAUGGGAGAGCUACAGUGUGGAAGCAGGAUCCCUUCAAGACCAUGGGCAAAGAGACAGCCUUCAUGUAAAGCAACCUCUUCAGAUUGAAGAUUUAUUUAUUGCAGUAAAAACCACAAAGAAAUACCAUAAGAGCCGCCUUGAUGUACUUCUGCAAACCUGGAUCUCCCAAGCGAAGGAGCAGACUUUCAUAUUCACGGAUUGGGAAGACCAAGAACUGCGUCAGAAAAUAGGAAAUCACAUGGUGAACACCAACUGCUCUGCAGUACACACCCGCCAAGCUCUGUGCUGUAAAAUGGCUGUGGAAUAUGACAAGUUUGUCAUGUCUGCCAAAAAGUGGUUCUGUCAUUUGGAUGAUGACAAUUAUUUGAAUGUACGCAACCUACUGGACCUAUUGUCUGUAUUCCCACACAAUGCAGACAUCUAUGUGGGAAGGCCCAGUCUAGAUCAUCCUGUGGAAACACUGGAUAGAGUUAAAGGAGAUGGUUCGGCAUCCUUAAAGUUCUGGUUUGCAACUGGUGGUGCUGGCUUCUGUAUCAGCCGAGGACUUGCUCUGAAGAUGAGUCCAUGGGCUAGUAUGGGGAACUUCAUUAGCACAGCGGAGAAGGUUCGGCUCCCUGAUGACUGCACCAUAGGGUACAUUAUUGAAGGAAUGCUGGAAGUAAAAAUGCAGCACAGUAAUCUCUUCCAUUCACACCUAGAAAACCUGCAGAGACUCCCGCAGAAUGCUUUGCUGCAGCAGGUAACGCUGAGUUAUGGUGGUCCCGUAAACAGACGAAAUGUUGUGCGAGUUGCAGGGUCUUUUAGCCUAGAACAAGAUCCUACUAGAUUUAAGUCUGUUCAUUGUCUUUUGUACCCUGAAACACACUGGUGUCCGAAUGGGAAGUCUACAGCCCACUGAUACUAAUCAUCAAGGCUGGGAAAGAGGUCAUGACUUCUGCUGCCUGUGAAGUCACCUACAAUGACAUGCGUAUCUGUAUCACUAUCUGCACUGACGUUAUGUCGCACCCUAAUCCUAGGAAUGAGCGGGCUCCUCCUAUACCAUUUUUUUCCCGUUUGCAUGAAUACUUCUUGGUACUAUUUAUGUUUUGGUACUGAUGCUGUGUCCACAGCUACAUAUGUCAAAGUUUCAUAACUUGAGGCAUUUGACAAGAGGAUAUGAUAAUGAGACUUUGUUUUUCUGCAAACUAUCCUGGUGAUGGUUAACAAAGUUUCCUGUCUAACUCUGUGGAAUGCAAAUAAGAAUGACUUUUAGUGAAUUAGAUGUCACUGUGCUGAAUGCCUGUGAUGCUAUGGCAAUAUUUGUGUAUAAACAUGAGCAUGUUUGAAAUGGUAAAUGAGCCAUACAGCGUCGCAUAACUACAUUAAAUAUAGAAAGGCAGCUGAAGGAAUUGGUACAUUUCUGUUGUUACAUUUUGCUCCAUAGUUGAUGGCUGUGGUCUGCUUUCCCACUUACGAUUUCUCCUUUAGCAAACGGUCUAAUUUUGUUUUUAACACUAGAGGCCAGUCUGUAAAUAGACCUAUUAUAUAUAGCUAUCCUUUUUCUACGAGUAAUACAGAUUAGAAAAUGUAAACAAACCUUUGGUUACUAUCGGCAACUCCAGUAUUCUUAAGCGUUCCACAUACAACAAGUUACCAUAUUCGAUGUUGGUUGUUUUUCUGACCUAUUAUACAUUUUAAAACAUUUUACAUACAUAUCCGAAAAAAAAGUGGUUAUGGAUAUUAAUAUGAAAUUUCUGUAGACUUCAGACUUAAAGAUCAAGCUUUGCAGAAUAUGUGGAUAAUGAAAUGCCUCGGCGGAGCAUUAUUACAUUACUUUCCAGAAAAUCCUAUGUUGAGUGAUUUUCAUACACCUCCCCCCCCCCCCCCCCCCCCCACGCCCCCAAAUUUCCCAAAGAAACAGCAGUAAAAUGCAUGUACAUUUGUGUACACGUUGUGGUGUACGCAUCUGGUCAUUUAUGUGCUUGUCCAGCCAUAACUCUGUCUUUUCUAUAAUCACAAUGUUUGUUAUUGCUUUGUUUUGCAUCACUACUUGUAUGGGCAACCCCAAUUACUGUUUUUAAGUUUGCACACCAUUCCAAAGUGGAUUAUCUGUAAAGUGUUGAUUUAAGUGUAAAUAAAAAAAAAUAUAUAUA